AUGGAAACAAAAAUUGGAACUAUCACUACGGUUAAGUCUAAAAAAAUACUUCGAAGUGAAGUUUUACUAGACAACUUUAUUGAGAGAGAUUUACAAUCUGCUUUCAAGCCGUUGCAUUACAUGCAGAGCUUACUAAUUUGUUCAAAGUACUCUAUUAGAGACAAUUUCAUCACUUCUAACACUUUCAUGUACGAUUUCAUUGGAAUAUUCGGUUUUAUUGUAUGUCGUUCCAUUAACCUGUACAACUUGGUCAUUCUCAUGGGAGACUGGAAAAGUACCGAAUAUUUGUUCAACUGGAGCGGUUUAUUCGACUAUGCCAGCUACACCUUUGGGUUCCUCUUAAACUACUACAUCAACAUCAAAUUCUGUGAUGACAAUAUUCUUAUGGUUUUGUUCUUCGCAGUAUUUGCAAUAUCUCAUGGUCUCAUGAACAUGGGUGUUGUAAUAAAAUUAAACCUGGCCUUGGCAGGUGCAGGUAUACAGGGCUCGAUAUUUAUAUUUAUAACGCAAGUGUGGUUUGUAAAGAAUAUUGUCCUGAUUGCGUAUCUGAGUGUUGUAUGCGAGAGAUUUUACAAGGCUAUCGAAGAAGUCCCUGGUGCGUUUAUGUUGCUCACGAAGAGGCAUGGCCGUUCAGACACGCAGAAAAGAGUUUGCAAAAACAUUGAGCGCAUUCAGAGAACGCGUUUCAUGAAAUUGGACGCGUGUGGCGUGUUCACCGUCGAUGCAACACUUCCCCUGGACUUGAUCAGCUUCACUACAACUUACACUGUGGUUCUAUUACAAUUUUCUAUAUAG